AUGGGCGCAGACGGAAAGGACAUAGACGUCGGCGACACGGUCGACGUGCCAGGCGGCAUGAUCGGUGUCGUCAAGUUUGUUGGCAGCAUUCGGGGUAAACAGGGCGUCUUCGCGGGAGUAGAACUGAACCGCGAGUAUGCAGCGCGGGGCAAGAACGACGGCGCAGUCGAUGGUACACAAUACUUCGAUACCUCUGUCCCUGGCUCUGGCAUCUUCCUGCCCGUACACCGCGCACAGAAGCGUAUCUCGGCCGACUCGUCUGACUUCGCACCUGAGCCUACCACGCCCUCGUACCACAACAACUUUAGCCUCUCGACCACGGAGAAGCCCAGCUUCAGUCCGGAUACCCCGUCAAUGCCACUGCCCAAGUUCUCCCAGUCGGUCGGCCCCGGUACCCGUACCACCAGUCCCAAGAGGGUACCCUCAGCAGUACGACCCUCAUUCAGACCAGAAUCUCCCUAUCGCCAGAAGCCCAGUGCAACCCCUGCCAGGAGCGGCGGACUGACACCCUCUGGCUUCUCCAAGAGCGCAAUCGGCGCGCCACCAAGAUUCGCAAGUCCCGCACCUCCUCGUUACGCCAGUCCUGCGCCCAGGGCUGCUCCUCCACCAAAGCCACGGACACCCGGUCCCCAACGACCCUACUCGCGAAGCAGUUCUCGUCUUGGUCAUCAGGAUACUAUCGAGGAGGACAACGAGACGACGCCAGUUGGUGCAGCGCGAACCAGCAAUGAUUCCAUGGCCAGCUACAAGCAUCGUAGGCCGGGCUCUCGGCUAGGCUCGUCUCCGAAUGAAGAGGUGCAGCGCCUCCAGGCGCAGUUGGAACAAAAGGAGAAGCAGCUUCAGGAGCAAGCAGCGUCGCUGAGCGAGAUGGAAGCGAGUUUGACGGAAAUUCAGAGCCUGAUACCUGAGGACGGAAUGGAUAUGGGAUCAGCGCAUGGCAGCAGUGAGCCGACUGAUGUAGCGCAACUACGAGCACUUCUCAGAGAGAAGAACGAUAAGAUCGCUAUGCUCACAUCUGAGUUCGACGCACAUCGAUCCGACUUCCGAAGCACAAUCGACACCCUAGAGCUAGCGAGCACUGAAACUGAGCGCGUUUACGAGAAGAAGGUAGAGGAGCUACAAGAAGAGUUGCGUGAGUAUGCGUCUCGUAGUGAAGAUGUCGAGACUGUAGCAAUGCAGUUGAAGCAACUGGAAGAACUUGUACAAGAGCUGGAAGAAGGCCUGGAAGACGCGCGUAGGGGCGAAGCAGAGGCCAGAGGCGAAGUCGAGUUCCUGCGUGGAGAAGUCGAGAGAGGGAGAUCCGAACUCCGUCGCGAGCGCGAAAAGGCUGCUGCUGCUCUUAAGGGGGCUGGCGCAAUGGUCGAGGCGCCUCACACACCAGGACAAAGGGAAGUCGAGCAACGCGACGAUGAGAUUCGUGGUCUAAAGGCCAUCAUACAUUCAUUGAGCUCUGGUGGAGGAGAUGACCGGCGCUCACCUUUGUCGCGGCAAAACUCGUCUGUUGAUGCCGAGGAGCUCCAAACCGCGAAAGCAAACGCAGAACGUCUCGAGCGCGAAAAAGAGGAACUCCGCGGUCUUGUAGAACGCAAAGCCUACCGGGAAGAAGAGCUAGAACGUGAGCUGGAGAAGCUGAAAGCUCAACUUGGCCUUGCAGAGCAACGGGAAAGCGUGAUCAGCAACGGCAUGUCAGAGCACACCGCCAUACCAGAAAAGCCGUCAGAGCGAGAUUCUAAAGAUACUGUUGUUGAUUGGAGAGAACCGUCUCAGCACCCUCGUCGCGAUGCGCCUCCUGCGCUCUCCGCAAUGCCGGAAUCUGACGGCCGCUCCUCCGCUAACAGCAGCCUCCUCUGGUGCGAAAUUUGCGAAACAGGCGGCCAUGACAUUCUGAAUUGCUCCGCUAUGGGCGGAGAUAGUUCGUACCCCAAGGAAGACGGUCUACGCAAUGGCAAAGACGUUGUCAUCGAAGGCCUCCGCGGCCUGUCCGUCUCCUCUGAUCGCGCCCGGCCCCCUGCUCUUAGCCCAUCGAAACCACCCGGCAGCGCGCCCACAGCCCCUCUCCCCACUCCUUCGUUCAACGCGUCAAACUCCGAUCUCGUGCCACCCAAGGGCGCAGCUAUCGCUGACCCGGAUAAGUGGUGCGCAUUGUGCGAGAGUGAGGGACACGAUGUUACGGCCUGCCCAAAUGAAGACGCCUUUUAG